CAUUUACCGCGCACAAGAGAGGCAACAUGUCCAAGCGGGCACAGCACUACCCGCUGCCCAACAACUACUUUCACUGCCACGAGCUCUCGCCAGCGCACCUCGAGACGUUUGUGCGUCUCGGCAAGAAGGCGCUGCGUGGCUUCCUCGACAAAACGCUCUACCCUGAGCCCGACUUGAGCUGGAACUAUGACAGCGAGUCGGACGGCGUCAAGCUAUUCGAGGGCUCGAUUGCGAGCAAAGGGCUCACGCUGAACAAAAACACGAUCCCGUACCGGGCGCUCGGCAAGGUCUCGGGCACGAUCGAAGAGGUCGCAGCGCUUCACGACUUUGGUUCGCGCGACCAGUGCCUUCAGUACAUCAAGCACGUGUCGCCUGACGUUGUUGACAUGGUUCAGCUCUACUCGCUUUUGCAGCCGUCGCUGACGCGGCCGCAUCGCCGGAUGUACAUCAAAUGGAGCGCCGCGCGCAGCCCGAUGCCCAUGAUCAAGGACCGCGAUUUCGUCUACCUCGAGUCUCAAGAUGAAUUUGUGUUUGCGAGCGGCCGGCGUGGCUGGGGCUUUUGCCAGCUCUCGGUCGACGUGCCCGCUGCGCCGUGCUUGCGCGAGACCGCACUCGGCCUCAUGCGCGGUACACUGUACCACACAGGCAUGGUCUUCCUCGAGACCGAGACGCCGGGCAUCCUCGACGUCAUCUACCACAUUGCAACCGACCUAAGGGGCUCGAUUCCCCACUGGGUGCGUCGCAUGGGCAUCAAGCGCCGCGCCCAGCAGAUCGCGCAUUUGCAGGAACAUCUCCACAACAUGCGCGUCACGGCGCGCCCUGUCAAGGCCUACUCGCUCGGCGCUGGACGCCGCGCCACCAAGUGCGUCCACUGCGGCGCGUGCGUCCGGUUCCGCGUCGGCACCAACUGCAAGAGCUGCACCGAGCCAGUGUGUUCCAAGUGCAGUACGAACUGGAAGGUGCAGAAGGAUGGUGUCGACGUCCACGUUCGUGUCUGCACCCAGUGCGCGUCGUCGGCCCAAGACGCGGCGCUCUGGGAGACCAACUCGAGCGUCCACUUGUCGGCCACGCUGAGCGGCAGUCGCAGCGGCAGCUCCCGCGUCGAGGACCGCGUCGAUACACUUCAAAUGUUUUACGAAAGCGUCACGCCGGGCCGCGAACGGUUUCUUUCGAUUGACGACGGGCUCCUCACCAUGAGCAAGCCGCUUGUGUCGCCGCGGGAGUCGACAACGGCGACCGCCAUGGACCUCUCGUACCUCGACAUGUACGGCGACCACGCCGACCUCGAGGCGAGCGUUGCGACCGAUAGCACCGGUUACGACGACGACGAUGUGACCAAGUCGACGAUUCUUAGCACGACCGAUGGCACCGAGAUGGCACGGUUUCUCGACCGGCUCACACUCACCCGGUAGCUAUCUCUAAUCUUAUCAGUAAUACUAGUACUAGUCUAGAAAGCAUCUUCAGUACGGCAGUUGUGGCACCUGCGCUUGCAGGUGC